AUGUCUAAAAUAAUUAUUGGUGUUAUUUUAUUAGCUAUAACAAUUGUUAUUUUUGCUCAAAUAGACAACAAAUGUCUUCAAUGCAUUUGUAAAACUGAAUCUGGCUGUCGACCACUUGGAUGUGCAUGGGAUGUUAAUUCAAAUUCAUGUGGUUAUUAUCAAUUAAAAAAUGUCUAUUGGAUUGAUUGUGGUAAACCAGGUGGCUCACUUGCUGCAUGUUCAAAAGAUAAAGCUUGUUCUGAAAAAUGUGUUCGCGCAUAUAUGCAACGUUAUGCUACAAAAUGUACUGAUGGUCGUAAGCCAACUUGUCAAGAUUAUGCUCGUGUACAUAAUGGUGGACCAAGUGGUUGUAAAAAAUCAGCUACAGUUGGUUAUUGGAAUAAAAUUGCUGCUUGUUAUAAUUCUGGUUAA